AUGUUGAAAAGUUUCACAAUCACAAAACAAAGGUUCCGACGCCGCCACCGAUCCAACACUCACGCCGUUCUCGCCUGCGUCAACAAGGCCAAUUCCGAGCUUUCAUCCCACCAGCUGAAGAUCUUCAAGGUUGACGACUAUAUCGGUGUCGCUAUCGCCGGUUUAACCGCUGAUGGUCGUGUUUUGUCGCGGUAUAUGCGAUCCGAGUGUAUUAAUUAUGGCUAUACUUAUGAAUCUCCGCUUCCUGUUGGCCGCUUAGUUGUUCAAUUGACCGAUAAAGCUCAGGAAGCAUGGGAUUACAACGCUAGUCACCCAGAGGGGCCUUAUGGUGGCCUAUGGACUACUGGCUACCCGACUUUUGGGUACCAGCAUCCGCCGCCUCCUCCACCGGUGUACCAGCCGCCACAGCCACAGAUAAUUCCUCCAGAACGCCAGCAAGAAGUCCUCGAGAGACUAGACCGUUGUGAACGGGAAAUUCAGACUGAGCGCAGACACAACAGAGGAUUCUUCAAAGGACUAUCAGAUCUGAUCAAGGGAAUGUCCAAAAGGAGGAACUAUUGA